UGUAUAAAUACAAUUAUUUUGCGCGUUAACUACGAGUCUACGCAAAUGUCAUUAAAAUCUUUUUCUUCUUUUUAUUGUGGAUUUUAUACCAUGGUAUAGCACGGUUUUUAAUUUUAAAAAUAUAAAUGAUAAACGUUCAGAAUACAGAGGCGCACGCGCGCGCCUCAAUGCCGCGGCUGUCACGUUCUCUGCGAAUCUGUCAAGUCCGGUCCGCGCAGCGAUGAUCAGUGCGCGUCGCGUUCCGGCCGCUCGACGAUGAACGAUGUUACGUGGUACCACGAGGACCUGAAUCUCAACGUGCUUCUCCUGCGCGUUAAACAUGAGUCACACCGUCGUCCAAGACGUCCGUCGCCCAGCAGUCACCGGCAACAACACGGGUGUGUCCGUUGAAUCGGUCGCGCUCCGAUACGGUGCGAUCAAGUGUGCCAGUCGCCGCCUCGCCGUAGGGUAGGUGUGUCGUCGGCGCUCGUCGACGUACGUACGUACGCACGCACGCCGGUAUGCACGGCCGACCAGCCACGAUGACCGCGGCGACGACGGCGGCUGGCAUCCCGCAGGACAGAAACCUCGCCUGCAACGGCAAGGACGACACGCCGGUGGUAACGCAGCCUACCAUCAGGAGUGGACUCAGGGUAUACAAGAUCGUGGUGCUGGGUGACGGCGGCGUUGGCAAAUCAGCUGUCACUUUGCAGUUUGUCAGUCACAGAUUUUUGGACUAUCACGAUCCUACGAUUGAGGAUUCAUAUCAGACACAAGUGGUCAUCGAUGGCGAGGCAGCUCUGUUGGAUAUUUUGGAUACAGCUGGACAGGUGGAAUUCACAGCAAUGCGUGAGCAAUAUAUGAGAUGUGGCGAAGGCUUCAUGAUAUGUUACUCGGUAACAGAUAGGCAUAGCUUCCAAGAAACAAUGGAGUACAGAAAACUGAUAUCACGUGUGCGUGCCAAUGAGAAUAUUCCUCUGGUGCUAGUCGGCAAUAAAUUCGAUUUACAACAUCAUCGAAAGGUGACCACGGAGGAAGGCAAAGCGUUAGCGGAGGAGCUCGGUUGUCCGUUUUACGAGACAUCUGCCGCCCUCAGACAAUUCAUAGAUGAUGCAUUUUUCUCAUUGAUCAGGCAAAUCCGUACUAAGGAAAGGACCCGUAUUUCACAUCGCAAACGCAGCCGUUGGUGGCGAAUUCGCUCGAUAUUUGCCUUUAUUUUCCGACGAAGAAGACACGCUUCCCAUCGUUCUCCAUAAAACUGGUUUUUGAUAAUAAGUUCUUUACCAGAGAGAGAUCAUUGAGUCGGCAUACGAUAGUAAUGACGGGAGUAAUAUCAUAACGGAUCACAACGAAAUAGAUACCAUAAUUUUUUAUAAUUUACGCGAUACAUAGUUACCCUCAUUUAGAGACUGACGAUUCAUUAACAUUUCACUGCCUUAUUAUUGACCCCAGUACAUAUUCUCAAGAGAGACAGAGCAAAGAGAAAUUGUCAAAUGGGCUGGAACGCACACUUGGUAUUCUUUAUCUUAGAUCUCUCGAAUUAAUCGUGCCGCUCAAUUAAAAAAAACGUAGAGCAUGAUAUGUAAUUCAUGUAGAGAAUACAGCAUAUACUUGUGACUUCCAGUUUUUCAAAAUGACGAUUUCUUCUGCAAUAUUUAUUUAUCGUAAAGGCUGUUAAUGUUUAUUUAAAUUGGGUUUCACAAAGUGGCGAUAAAUGGAACCUAAGGCAACUAAUUACUUUGAAUAAGUAAUAUUCCAAGUGUCUAGUGAAUUAUCUUUUCUGAUAGCUAUAAUGACAUUUAAAUUUUUAUUUAUUAUUCAAUAACGCGACCAAAGAAAAGUAUAUAGAAACGUUAAUACAAAGCAAGAAGUGAUUCUUGAUAUUGCAAAGAAAAAUAAAAAUGCAAGAUAUUAUACAAAAGCUUUACAAGAUAAAUAGCUGCAAUUUUAAAGAUGUAAAAAUUAAAUUUUAUUUAUUUUUUAAUUUAAUUUGAUGUAAACAUAUAUCAAUAACUAUGCUGCUACAAAUUAUGAAUAAGAGCUAUAUAAAAGUAGCAAGUUGUAGUAAGUUGCAAAGUUUAGAAUUGUUAAUUAUUUAGUAUUGUUAAUUAUUAAAGUAAAUUACAUGAUCUCUAAAAUAUCUCGAAAACAUUUUUUUAUUAAACAUAUAUUAAGACAUGAAUAUGUCUAUUAUAGAUAUAAAUAAUCUGGCAAUAAAAGUAAAUAAUAUAUUAUUUCUGUAGAUACAAAAGCUGAGAAAAGAAUAUUAUGUGUAAAGAUAUAUAAAUCUUUAAAAUAACUAGAGCUAUAUACAGUGCCAGUUUUAACAAUAUUGGCGCCCUGAGCAAGAUUAUCGCCCAUUCAGGGGCUCGAUCCGCAUACUAGGGGCACGGGCUAGCGGGCAGCGACGCGCCUACAGAUCUGGCGCCCUGGACGAUCGUCCGAUCGCGAUCCCCCUUAACGCCGGCACUGGCUAUAUAUAUGUAGUAUGAGUAUUGCUUUAAUUCAAGGAUUUGAGUGCAGUUUAAUAUUUACAAUAAUUAUUUUGAUCAUAUGCAGCUUGUCAGAUAUAUUUAUAAUAUUAUAUUUAUUACAUUUAAAUAAUAUUUAAAAACUAAUUUAACUUUCACAUUAUUAAUUAUUCUUCAGUUUAAUUUUUAGUCAUGAACGGGUGUAAGAUUUGUAAUACCUAUGAUAAGAAGUUAAUAUACACAAACGUAACAAUCAUUUAGACAUAACUCUGCAUAGUAAUUAUCUAGUCGUUACUUAAUUUUUACUAGUCACAUUUUAUAUUUUUUGUUAUAACAUAUUAAUAUAUUAUUUUAAUCAUAAAUAACUGUUGAUUACCGCACAAUUUUUCAUCAUUCUUGAAUGUUUUGUUACGUACUGCGAUUAGUAUUAAUAUGUAUUGUGAAUGUGUAUGUGUGUAUAUAUAUAUACAUACACACAUAUAUAUAUCUGUGUAUUAUUAUAUUAUAUAUUGUUAAAUGAGACAAAUAUUAGAUUUGUAUUAUAUUUAUUUAAUAUUAUGUUUGUACAAUUUAAUAUUUUCUAUAUUCAAUGACAGUUAUUGCAAGCAUGUAUAUGUAUACAUAUUAUGUUAUAUAUAUUUACAUAUACUGAUUAUUUGAUAAUAAUAGUAGUGAGCGUGGCA